GGGAAAACUAUGCCUGGGGCCUGUGCUUGGCCCGGCGGCAGCCGCUGCGGAAGGCGGGGACGCGGAGCAUCAGGAGCACGGCGGAGAGCUUCCUCGCUGCGACGACCCUGGACGUGGCCGGCAGCAGCGAGGGUCACCACCAUGAUCCCCUGGGUGCUCUUGGCCUGUGCCCUCCCCUGUGCUGCUGACCCGCUGAUUGGCGCCUUCGCUCGCAGGGACUUCCAGAAAGGCUCCCCUCAACUCAUCUGCAGCCUGCCUGGCCCCCAGGGCCCACCUGGCCCCCCAGGAGCCCCAGGACCCUCAGGAAUGGUGGGAAGAAUGGGCUUUCCUGGCAAAGAUGGUCAGGAUGGCCAGGACGGGGACCGGGGGGACAGUGGAGAGGAAGGUCCACCUGGCCGGACAGGUAACCGGGGAAAGCCAGGACCAAAGGGCAAAGCCGGGGCCAUUGGGCGGGCUGGCCCCCGAGGCCCCAAGGGGGUCAGUGGUACCCCUGGGAAGCAUGGCACGCCAGGCAAGAAGGGGCCCAAGGGCAAGAAGGGGGAGCCGGGCCUCCCAGGCCCCUGCAGCUGCGGCAGUGGUCGCGCCAAGUCGGCCUUCUCGGUGGCAGUGACCAAGAGCUACCCGCGGGAGCGGCUGCCCAUCAAGUUUGACAAGAUCUUGAUGAACGAGGGUGGCCACUACAACGCCUCCAGCGGCAAGUUCGUCUGCAAUGUGCCGGGGAUCUACUACUUCACCUACGACAUCACGCUGGCCAACAAGCACUUGGCCAUCGGCCUGGUGCACAAUGGCCAGUACCGCAUCCGGACCUUCGAUGCCAACACCGGCAACCAUGACGUGGCCUCGGGCUCCACCAUCCUGGCUCUAAAGCAGGGUGACGAGGUCUGGCUACAGAUCUUCUACUCAGAGCAGAAUGGGCUCUUCUAUGACCCUUACUGGACCGACAGCCUCUUCACGGGCUUCCUCAUCUACGCCGACCAGGACAACCCCAAUGAGGUAUAGACAGGCCGGGGUUGGGCCUCCCAGCAGGGAAUAGCUUCUGGACUUGGGCGUAUGGCACAAGACCCCUAAACUGUAAGGGGGCUGGGGGUUGAGGGAGCUUCUAGCCUCAGACUGACCUCCUCUGCCUCUUUUUUUCUCCAUCAUUAAAUCCAAGCUUUUUUAUUC